AUGUCGCUGACGAACGGUGCGUGUGGGUCGUGCUGGGCGUUCUCUGCCGCCUGUUCUCUGGAAGGACAGCACUACCGGAAGACAGGGCGACUCGUGUCCCUAUCGGAACAGAACCUUGUGGACUUUUCACGGAAUGGUAAUUACGGAUGUGAAGGAGGAUCCAUGGAGUUGGCAUUCGAUUACAUUCGUCAAAAUAAAGGCAUAGACACAGAGGAGUCCUACCCGUACGUAGCCAAGCAAAAAGAUUGCAACUUCAGCCAGGAGAAUGUAGGCGCGACCGAUGCCGGCUUUGCUGUUGUCAUAUCCGAGUCUGAAGAUGCCCUUAAGAGUGCGGUGGCCUUAGAGGGACCCAUCUCUGUGGGUAUCGACGCCUCCUCAAGAUCCUUUAUGCUGUACAAGAGCGGCAUCUUCAGCUCCUCUAAAUGCAGCAGCACCAAACUCAACCAUGCUGUGACUGUGGUGGGCUACGGCGCACAGAAAAAACAAGAGUACUGGCUGCUUAAGAACAGCUGGAGCACCACGUGGGGCGAGGACGGAUAUGUGUUUUUGGCCCGUAACGAUGGCAACAUGUGUGGGGUUGCCACCGAGGGAAUCCUGCAUCUUGUGUAG